CUCAGCAUGAACAUAACGGAGGAUGACCCGACGGUUUUGUCCGUGCCAAGUAAUCUACAGGACACCAGAUAUUCUUAUUCCUGCAGUUCAAAGUACUCCACUAACUACACCCAGGCCAAUCUGACUGAGUACAAAGGAAACAUUUUUGAGCUUGCCCUUGAUGUUCGCUUUGAUAACUUACAGAUCCAACCAUUUGGGUCCAGCGAUAAGUUUUUAGAUGCCAGCGACUGUGUCGGCUUCUUCACCAUAGGAACUUUAUCUGGACUCAUGGUCACUCUGAUCCUUCUACUCAUUCUCACCUGGGGGAUCAGCAUGAUGGUGAACAUUAAGACCAUGGACAGGUUCGAUGACCCCAAGGGAAAAGGAAUCACUGUGAAUGUUUCAGAGUAGUCAGAUAUUGCUGAUAGCUCUUGUAUGUUUUGUUAGUUUACCU